AUGGUUUACACUACUAGACAGAUUGGUGCUAAGAACACUUUGGACUACAAAGUGUACAUUGAGGAGGACGGGAAGCCCGUGUCCCCAUUUCACGACAUUCCAUUGUACGCCGACAAGGCCAACAAUGUGUUCAACAUGGUUGUUGAGAUCCCCAGAUGGACCAAUGCGAAAUUGGAGAUCACGAAGGAGGAGGCCCUGAACCCUAUUGUCCAGGACACAAAGAAGGGUAAGUUGAGAUUUGUUCGUAACUGUUUCCCUCACCACGGGUACAUCCACAACUACGGUGCCUUCCCACAGACGUGGGAGGACCCCAACGAGAUGCACGCUGAGACCAAAGCUGCCGGUGACAACGAUCCAGUGGACGUGUUGGAGAUCGGUGAGACCAUUGCGUACACCGGUGAAGUGAAGCAAGUGAAAGUGUUGGGGAUCAUGGCCUUGUUGGAUGAAGGUGAGACUGACUGGAAAGUGAUUGCCAUUGACGUGAGGGACCCUCUUGCGCCCAAGUUGAACGACAUCGAGGACGUCGAGAAGUACUUCCCUGGGCUUUUGAAGGCGACGAACGAGUGGUUCCGGAUCUACAAGAUCCCAGACGGCAAGCCCGAGAACCAGUUCGCCUUCUCCGGUGAGGCAAAGAACAAGAAGUACGCCUUGGAUAUCAUCAGAGAGACCAACGAGUCCUGGAAGAAACUGAUCGCCGGUAAGGCCCCAGACUCCAAAGGCAUCGACUUGACCAACACCACUCUGUCCGACACACCAACGUUCGCUGCCGCCGCGGCGAGUGCCGUCCCACAGGCGUCUCCAAAGGAGGACGCCCCAAUUGACAAGUCCAUUGACAAAUGGUUCUUUAUCUCUGGGUCAGCCUAA